AUGGAGGAGUUAAUAGAAAGUUUGGAGGGUAGUAUGAAACUUUCGGAGGGGGAACAGACUGGAAUAUUAAUUACAGAGGAAGACAUAGCGGAUUUAAGUCUAAAAAGUGGCCGUUGUCUUAUAGGGUGCCUCAUGUCUGACAGGAAGAUCCGGAAGGAAGCUUUAUGUACUCUUAUGGCUCGUCUCUGGAGGAUGGAAGGUGAGGUAGUCUUCAAGGAAUUAUAUGAUAAUAUUUGGUUGUUAGAGUUCUCUACUACUUCUGAUAAGAAAAGAGUUCAAGAAGGGAGUCCUUGGCUUUUUGACAGAAGUGUUCUUGUGCUGAAGGAAGUGGAUGAAAAUAUUUCUCCUCUUCAGAUGGAUUUUUCUAAAUCCCCCUUUUGGAUUCAGAUUCAUGAUUUGCCUCUUGUUUGCAUGAACCGAGAAGUGGGGCUUAAAAUAGGAGCUUCUAUUGGAGAGGUUGAAGAUGUAAAAGUUUCAGGGGAUGGAGGGGGUUGGAGUCGAGGAUUGAGGGUGCGGGUUCAAGUGGACUUAACAAAACCGUUGGAGCGUGGCCGUGUUUUGAAGUUUAACGGGAAGCAAGUUUGGGUGUCUUUUAGAUAUGAAAAGUUGCCCCAUUUUUGCUUUAAUUGUGGAAGGAUCUUUCAUGAUAAAAUGCCAUGCAGUGGAAGUUCGGGGGCUAGGCAGGAAGUAACGGGGUCAUUGAAGCCAUAG